CCAAUAAAUCCCCUCAAACCCUAGCUCCAUCCUUCGCCGCAUCUCCCAUAUACGCAGUAGCAGCACAGGAGGGAGAGAGAGGAGAGAGGAGAGAGGAGAGAGAUGACGACUCGGUUCAAGAAGAACAGGAAGAAGCGCGGCCACGUCAGCGCCGGCCAUGGCCGUAUCGGAAAACAUAGAAAGCAUCCCGGUGGUCGCGGUAACGCCGGAGGUAUGCACCAUCACCGAAUCCUCUUCGACAAGUACCAUCCUGGUUACUUCGGCAAGGUCGGUAUGCGAUACUUCCACAAGCUUCGUAAUAAGUUCUACUGCCCGAUCGUCAACAUCGACAAGCUCUGGUCCCUUAUCCCCCAAGAUGUCAAGGAUAAGGCCUCUCCCGACAACGCCCCCUUGAUCGACGUCACUCAGUUUGGCUAUUUCAAGGUUUUGGGUAAAGGAGCUUUGCCGGAGUCGAAGCCGAUUGUUGUGAAGGCCAAGCUGGUGUCGAAGAUCGCCGAGAAGAAGAUUAAGGAGGCCGGCGGUGCCGUUGUUCUCACUGCCUAGGUUUGCUUGCUCCUUUUUUUAAAAAAUAACUUUUUGAGGAUUAUUACGGCUUCGUUAUUGAUUAGGUUUUUGGUGGAUUUUGAUUGUUUUCUUGUUGACUCUGAGAUGUUGAACCUUUUGAGGUGUUAUCUUAUCCCUUUGUUAUCAAUCAAUAUGGAGUUAUUUAGUAUCUUAGUUUUAAAAA